AUGACAGAUCGGAAGGGGUCAACUGAGAGUGAAAUCGCUGCGGCCCGGGCCCAAACUGAGUCGAUUCGCGAGCGGCUGGCAGCUCGAAGGCAGAAACGGAAUAAUUUGAUUGCUGCUGCUACGCAAAACGCUCUCCCACUAAAAAAUCCUGACGUUUCUGCCGUCGCAGCAUUUUUAGCAGCUGGAAAAUUGUCUAAGCCUUCGGUAUCUUCUGUCGCCUCGUCCGUUUCUGAGAGUGGACUUGAUUCAUCGUCCUUAACUAAACGUGCUGAAGAAGAGCGGGAAAAGACGUCUGAUCCACAUCUGGCUUCGGUUGCGCUCUCCGAUUCAUCUAAAAACGUCAUUUCCAAGGAUUUGAAUGAGCAGGAUGAGGACAAGCCUGUCGGUUCUGAUGAACCGCCCUUGAAAGCGUCCAAGGUAGAUCCCGGUGUUGACGCAACUGACCUUGAAGUUCUUUUGUCAGCCGUAACCGCGAAGGAACGUGAACUGAAACGUGUUAACGAAGAGAUUCAUGCACUUCUUUCGACACCUUCCGUGAUGGAAAAAAUCCUCAACAAAAAGUUUCGAUCUCGUGGUGGCAGUCAAGUACAGCUAUUUUGCAUACACGGUACACGUAUCGAGUGUCAGCAGGCUGCUGGCAACAACGAAUGUACAAAGCUCCACUUCAAGAAGAUUAUCCAAGCUCAUACUGAUGAAUCUCUGGGUGACUGCUCGUUCCUCAACACGUGCUUCCAUGUCGAUACUUGCAAAUACGUCCACUACGAAAUUGACCCCGCAGAUCUAACAACAGCAGAAGCCAGAGAAGCUGCUGGUGCCUAUAAUCGAGGUCAGCUUCGUCCGGAUACUUUGGACAAACGAAGAGUCGACAUGGCCGUAGAGAAGACAGCGUCUGCAGCCGCUUCCGUUCCUUUGUACCCUCCGCAGUGGAUAAAGUGCGAUAUCAGGCAGUUUGACAUGACAAUCCUUGGCAAAUUCGCGGUGAUAAUGGCCGAUCCACCGUGGGACAUCCACAUGGAACUGCCAUACGGUACAAUGUCCGACGAUGAGAUGCGAAAAAUGGACAUUCCUUGUCUCCAGGACGAUGGAUAUAUAUUUCUUUGGGUGACUGGGCGUGCCAUGGAAUUGGGUCGAGAAUGCCUCAAACUCUGGGGUUAUGAGCGUGUGGACGAGGUGAUUUGGGUGAAAACUAACCAACUGCAACGUCUCAUCCGCACAGGGCGUACUGGGCACUGGCUGAAUCAUGGGAAGGAGCACUGCCUAGUGGGUGUGAAGGGCUCGCCGCGCUGCAUGAAUCGAGGACUGGACUGUGAUGUAAUUGUGUCGGAGGUGCGCGAAACCAGUCGCAAACCCGAUGAGAUCUACGGCCUCAUUGAACGUCUCUCUCCAGGAACUCGCAAACUCGAGCUCUUUGGGCGGCCGCACAAUCUUCAGGCCAAUUGGGUAACUCUUGGAAACCAACUGGAUGGGACCUAUCUCGUUGAUCCCGAAGUGGUGGAGCGUUAUCGCAGGCGGUACCCCAAGGGAAUCGACAAUAAGGGUGAUACCUCUUAG